AUGUCUGAUACAGAGCCAGUGGAGCGUGGUACACCCCAGGGCUCGAUCCUCUCGCCGUUAUUAUUCUCUAUUAUAAUUAACGGCUUACCAGAAUCUCUCUCUGGUUCUGGUAUGGUCAUUAGCCAGUUUGCUGAUGAUUCCAGCACCUGGAAAUCUGGGUCCAAUUUGGUUAAGCUAGCCAAGGAUGCAAAAGCUGGCAUGGACUCUCUAUGGGGAUGGGCACAAAAAUGGGGCUUUAAAAUAUCUGAAACUAAAACUGUGGGUAUUGUAUUUGGUAAUCAAAAAAAGCACAAUUUGAACGUAUCUUUAGGUGGUACACCCGUUAAUUUUGUUAAAACGGUCCGAUUUCUAGGUUUACUUUUUGAUGAAAAAUUAACAUUCGGGCCGCAUAUCAAGGAUUUGGUCAACAGAUGUAAAAAGGAUUUAAAUGUCAUGAGGAUGUUAAAAGGCACUGAUUUUGGGACUGAUAAGAAUAGCCUAUUACUCCUAUAUAAAUCCUUAAUACGUUCAAAGAUAGAUUAUGGUGCUCAGAUCUAUUCUUGUGCUAAAAAAACACAUCUAAAUAAACUCGAUACCGUACAAAACACUGCUCUCAGAUUGGCCCUGGGGGCCCUUUACUCCACACCAGCAAGGGACCUGGAGAUGGAGGCCGGUAUAGUACCCCUAUCAAUAAGGAGGAAAUCCCAAACUUUAAAAUAUUAUACCCGGGUUCGAGCCUCUGCGGCAGACAACCAGGUACGAGGACUGCUGGGAAAAGGCCACUAUAAACUUAAUAGGUUUAAAGACCCAGCCCUCCCCUUUGGUGCUGCAACGCAGGACCUAGCGGAGGAGUGUGGUAUUAAGGAUUCAAACAUUGUUGAGAAGCGGCCCAUGGUGGUUCCGCCGUGGACCCUAACCUUGCCUGAGGUUGACAUAACGUUACAAGAAAAAGUGAACAAAUCUGAUUUGCCGCAUCUCGCAAAUACAGAAACAAAAAUAUUAAUUAACAAAUAUAUAGGUCAAACACACAUUUAUACAGAUGGAUCAAAGGACCCGGACUCUGGCAGGGUUGCCUCGGCUGUAGUAAUACCUUCCAUACAAUAUGAAAAAAUUGAUAGGUUAACUAAUAAUACAUCCAUCUAUACCGCCGAGCUCCUUGCUAUUAGAAAUGCUAUGUGCUGGAUUCAUGACAGUGAUAUAACAAAAGCUGUCAUUUUCUCGGAUUCACUUUCUUCACUGAAAUCCAACAAUAGUCAGUCGAGACCAGACUUAUUAAAUGAAAUAAUUCUACUAUAUAAUAAAGUCCUAAACCUAGGAAAACAGGUUACCAUAGUUUGGUGUCCAGCACAUAUAGGGAUCUCAGGCAAUGAACAGGCAGACAGGGCGGCCAAAAUGGGCUUAAACCUCAACCGUGUCACUGAAUCAAUCUCACUCUCCCCCACUGAGAUAUAUUCCAAAAUUAAAAAAUAUAUAGUUCACUUGUGGCAGACUGAAUCUAAUUCCUGCCAGGGUCAGAGGAAACAUAUAAAUAGCUCAGUGGGGCUCAGUCGCCCAGUUCAAUAUUCAAAUAAUCUAAAAAUAGAUAGGGCUAUAACAAGACUGAGGUUGGGCACAACUUUAUUACCAGGGGACUCUGGCCAAUAUAUCAAGAAAAUAAGCCCCAAUUGUGCCCAAUGUGGAGUGAGAUACAAUAUAUCCCACCUAUUGCAUGAAUGCGACCAGUUCACUUGGUGCUAUAGGUUUGGGAUAUAG